ACUGCACGUGCGCGCCCAGCUGCCCGCCGGAAGGACCGAGCCUGGCUGUGUUUAUCUCGUUGGGGACUGAGGCGUCGGUUGGCGCGCAACGGGUUCUAGGCUGCAGGCAGCGCGAGGACCCGCGGCCCCGCCCCGGCCCGGCCUGGCAGGUAGCAGAGGCAGCAGGCCGUGCCGGGGGGGCAUGUUGCUGUGACCAGUGACCCAGGGGAUGUUACGGUGGACAGUGCACCUGGAGGGCGGGCCCCGCAGGGUGAACCAUGCUGCAGUGGCUGUCGGGCACCGGGUAUACUCCUUCGGGGGUUACUGCUCUGGCGAAGACUAUGAGACACUGCGUCAGAUAGACGUGCACAUUUUCAAUGCAGUAUCCUUGCGUUGGACAAAGCUGCCCCCAGUGAGGCCCGCCGUCCGUGGGCAGGCUCCCGUGGUACCCUACAUGCGAUAUGGACACUCAACCGUCCUCAUCGACGACACAGUCUUCCUUUGGGGCGGGCGAAAUGACACCGAAGGGGCCUGCAAUGUGCUCUAUGCCUUUGACGUCAAUACUCACAAGUGGUCCACACCCCGAGUGUCGGGAACAGUUCCUGGGGCUCGGGAUGGACAUUCGGCUUGCGUCUUGGGCAAGAUCAUGUACAUAUUUGGGGGCUACGAGCAGCUGGCGGACUGCUUUUCCAAUGACAUUCACAAGCUGGAUACCAGCACCAUGACAUGGACCCUUAUCUGUACGAAGGGCAACCCUGCGCGCUGGAGGGACUUCCACUCAGCCACAAUGCUGGGCAGUCAAAUGUACGUCUUUGGUGGCCGUGCUGACCGCUUUGGGCCAUUCCAUUCCAACAAUGAGAUUUACUGCAACCGCAUCCGCGUCUUCGACACCAGAACCGAGGCCUGGCUGGACUGUCCCCCGACUCCAGUGUUGCCUGAGGGGCGCCGGAGCCACUCGGCCUUUGGGUACAACGGCGAGCUGUACAUCUUUGGUGGCUAUAACGCAAGGCUGAACCGGCACUUCCAUGACCUCUGGAAGUUUAACCCCGUGUCCUUUACUUGGAAGAAGAUUGAACCGAAAGGGAAAGGGCCAUGUCCCCGCCGACGCCAGUGCUGCUGCAUUGUUGGUGACAAGAUUGUCCUCUUUGGGGGUACCAGUCCAUCGCCAGAGGAAGGCCUAGGAGAUGAAUUUGACCUCAUCGAUCAUUCGGACUUACACAUUUUGGACUUUAAUAUGUCUACCUUGUCAUUUGAAGAGCUGUUGGAGUUGCAGAGCCGAGUGGGGACUAAGGCAUACAAGCAACUGGUAGUCGCAAACAGCACGAAGAAGCAAGGUUCCAGACCACGCGUGCAAAAUGCGUGUGUCGCAGAUAAGCACAGGCCUCUGGAAAUGUCGGCCAAGGUUCGAGUGCCAUUUUUACGUCAAGUUGUUCCCGUCAAUAAAAAGGUGGCCCGGGACCCCCGCUUUGAUGAUCUGUCAGGGGAAUACAAUCCUGAGGUGUUUGAUAAAACAUACGAAUUCUUGGAUGGCAUCCGAGCUAAGGAGAAAGAGCUUGUGAGAAAGCAGUUGAAGAAGCACCGUUCUGGGGAGGAGCGGGAGAAGCUGCAGCAGCUGCUUCAGCGGAUGGAGCAGCAAGAAAUGGCCCAGCAGGAACGAAAACGGCAGCAGGAGCUGCGCCUGACCCUGAAGCGCGAGCGGCGGGCUCGGGCCCAGCAGGGCCACCGGCCGUACUUCCUGAAGAAGUCGGAGCAGCGCCAGUUGGCCCUGGCUGAGAAGUUCAAGGAGCUGAAACGCAGCAAGAAGCUGGAAAGCUUCUUGAGUCGCAAGAGGCGCCGAAAUGCAGGCAAGGACAGGAGACAUCUGCCUCUGAGCAAAGAGUAGUCGGGAACUGCCGUCUGCCCUGCUGCUGCCCAGGAGAGAUGGCUCUGUGGGGCAGCGUUGGGCUCGGCCUGUUCUGGUUCCUUCCCGUGGACACGCGAGGAUCACAGCUGCCCUUGAACUCACUUGGCUCAGAGGAGUCUGGAGGGCUCUCGGACCGUCCCAGGGCCGGACAAGGAGAGCAGCUCAGCCUUCUAGACUACACUGCCUCUGCUUGGAUCUGCUCAUCAUCACGGCCCCCUGUCCUUGCCGAUGGUUGCAGUACAAAACCAGAGGGGCUAUGGAAUCCAUUCAGGCCUUCCAGGCCUGAGACUGUGUAGGAGCCGCUUCAUAAACAUUUUUGUUACUCGC